GCUCCGAUUCUUGUUUGUGUUUCUUUGUGGUUGAAACACUGACCUCCAAACUUCACUGUCUUUAAUACUGAUAUGCUCACUAAAAUAAGUAUUGGGAGAGAGGGUUUCAUAUUUUAACAUUAUUUAUUUAUUUUACAGUUUGAAACAACAAUUCGCUCUAAAAUACUCCAUCCAGAAUAAGUUUUGGAAAACGAGUGUAAUUAAAGGUAAAGUCUUUUAUGUCAUGACAAAAUAAAUAAAUACAGAAACACACUAAAGUACAACACACUAUAUAAAAGGUAACGCGGUUGUUGUUAUUUUGAACCGAGAGACCGGAAGUCCUGUUUUUCACCUUCUAGCUUCACUCCGGUCAGACUGCGAUUAUUCACACAGCUAUACUUUUGAAGAGGAAUGCAGCGUCGUAGCGACUCGUAGCCAAACGAACUUGAAUCCCAAGGGGUUAUCGUUCCAGUCAGAACACCAUGGCUGGCUUCAGACAAGAGGAUGUUGAGUUGUAUUAUGAAAUGGAGGAGGAGCUGGGCAAUGGACAAUUUGCCAUCGUUCGUAAGUGUAAAGAAAAGAGCACGAGUAUCGAGUACGCGGCCAAGUUCAUCAAGAAGCGCCGACUGUCGUCCAGCCGGCGGGGGGUGAGCCGCGAGGAGAUCGAGCGCGAAGUCAACAUCCUGCGGGGGAUCCAACACAGCAACAUCAUCACCCUGCACAACAUCUUUGAGAACAAGACCGACGUGAUCCUGAUCCUGGAGCUGGUGUCCGGGGGAGAGCUGUUUGACUUCCUGGCUGAGAAGGAGUCUCUGACAGAGGAGGAGGCCACGCAGUUCCUCAAGCAGAUCCUGGAUGGCGUUCAGUACCUGCACUCCAAACGCAUCGCUCACUUUGACCUCAAGCCUGAGAAUAUCAUGCUGCUGGACAAGAACGUCCCGAACCCCAGGAUCAAGCUGAUUGAUUUUGGGAUCGCGCAUCAAAUCAAAGCAGGAAACGAGUUCAAGAACAUUUUUGGAACGCCGGAGUUUGUCGCUCCAGAAAUAGUGAACUAUGAGCCACUGGGCCUGGAGGCAGACAUGUGGAGCAUCGGAGUCAUCACAUACAUACUCCUGAGCGGCGCUUCGCCUUUCCUGGGCGAGACCAAGCAGGAGACCCUGACCAACAUCUCGGGCGUCAACUACGACUUCGACGAAGAGUAUUUCAGUAACACCAGUGAGCUGGCAAAGGACUUCAUACGCCGCCUGCUGGUCAAGGAUCCCAAGAAGAGAAUGACAAUUGAUGACAGCCUUGAGCACCCCUGGAUUAAGGUUAUUAAGAGGCGAAAUGUCCGCCAGGAGGAGAGAGACCACAAGACUGAGCGCCGCCGCCUGAAAACCACUCGUCUGAAGGAGUACACCAUCAAGUCGCACUCCAGCAUGCCGCCCAACAACACGUACGUCAACUUUGAGCGCUUCUCCCAGGUCCUGGAGGAGAUCGCGGCCGCAGAGGAGGGCCUGAGGGACCUGGAGCUCAACCAGCGCUCGUGCCGGGAGGACGUGGCGGCGCUGUUGUCCAUCUACGAGGAGAAGGAGUGUUGGUACAAGGAGGAGAACCAGAGCAUCUGCAGCGACCUGAGCCACAUCCGCCAAGAGCUCCAGCGCGCUCAAGCCCAGCGCAAGAAGAGCCAGGAGGAGGCGCGGCUCACCAUGCAGGCCGCCAACAUCCUCAAGCGCAAGUACGGGCGCCUGGAAAACCGCUACGAGGUCCUGGCCGAGCAGGUGGCCUCGGAGGUCCGCUGGGUGGAGGAGCUGGUCAAGUCCAUAUCGGCGGAGAAGGACGGCCUCGGCAGCAUGCCCUGAGCCGGGCUGAGGCCAACAAUGACUCCUUGAUUCUCAAGUGUCCUCCUGCCGGUUCGAGGGGUCAGCUGGCGACGUGAGCUGUGCUGCUGCUGCCCAUCGGGGGAAAUGGUCCACCUUUUUUUUAUGUCACGCUUCAGAGAACCAGCAAGAAGCUCAGAGGUAAAAUGUUGAACCCAUUCCAGUUUCGUUCCUCCGUUUUUAUAAAUUCAUUUACCUUUUUUUUAUUUUUUAUUUUUAAAACCUUUUUUUACCUUAUGGUUAAGGGACGCAUAAUUUCAAGUUUGCCACUAUAUUGGCUUUUUUAUUUCACAAUUUUCCUUAUCCUGGAUUUCUUUUUUAUUUGUAGUUUUUUCUGUAAUUACAUCCGAGUGUCUUAGUGCUGUGAGACGUCUGCUCACCUGCUCAGACCGUUGUGUGAGAGAACGCCAAUAUCCAGCUUAUAGUUUCAGGUUUGUUCAUUUAUCCGUUUACAUUUCCGAUUAGAGUGCAGCUCACAUUAUUGUGUCAAACUACAAAGGAUUCAACAAUUGUAAAGAUUUUGGUUAAUGUAUUAUUUUACAAAUCUGUCAUUACCUAAUUAUGUCUUCAAAAAAAUCUUGGGAACGUUUCCUGGAAAGAACGAGUUUAUUUAAUUUAUUAUUGUCUUCGAGAGGAAUUCCCAUAAAUUACUUUACUCCAUGUAAAUAUGUAUUCACUAGUCAGUCAUUAUUGAAAAUGGUAUACUCCACAUACACUUCAUUGAAUCCAUGUCUUACCUGUCCAACUCACCCCUCUAUAAUCGACACUCGAUGACUUGGUUCUUUCCUGGAAACCGCCUCGGAAAUUAUUCGGAAAUGAUAUAAAUUCACAGACCUCUACAAAUAAAGCGCCCCCAUAUUUUGAAUGUAUAAACUCGUCUUCGCGGUGCCUGUUAACUGAUCGACCGUAUCUCCUCUGCGAGCACUCAUCCGUCAUGGAGUAUAUAUGACGUCUCUAUCACAUUGAUAUUGCUCUUUUCUUACACUUUUGCACAGUAGCCUUGUAAACCAAAUAGUGUGCAUGGGAACCUUCCUCUAUAUCCGGUUAUUCUCUAUAUCCUGUCAUUUUACUCUUGUUUCUGUUUUCGUUCUGACCAUCUCUGCAAGCAUUCCACUGAUGAGUAAAUAUAUAAAUCAUAAUAAAUAACUUAUAUCCAUGCAGUACAUUCCCCAUGUCUUGAGUAGGCGGCGUACGAUACAGCUGGUCCUAUUCUUCAGUAGAGAAAUUGCACUUAGAAGAUUAUGGAAGUGUUUUAAACUCUUAAUUUUUAGUCUGUCUCUAAAGUGUCAUCUGAAAUGCUUGUUUCAAAUAAACAAAGUUAUUCCUGUAAUUCAA